AUGGAUACUGCUGCUGCUAAUGAAAAUCCAAUAUUGAGUUGUUUAGGAAGCUCCAGCAAUUAUGAUGAAUUAAUGGCUGGCUACAGCAAUUAUGAUGAAUUUAUGGCAGCCGUCAGGGUUCUUGUUGUUGAAGAUGAUCCGACUUGUCUUUUAAUAAUCAAAACUAUGCUCCAGAAACUAUACCAAGUUACCGCUUGUCGUCGAGCAAAGGAUGCUUUAUCUAUGCUUCGAGAGGAUAAAAACAGGUUUGAUAUUAUCAUAAGUAAUUUGCGUAUGCCAGAGAUUGACGGCUUUAAGCUCCUUGAGAUCCUUCAGUUGGAGUCUGUGGAUUUGCCUGUUGUUAUGAUAUCGGCAGAAGAUGGAAAAGAAGUUGUUCUCAAGGGUAUCAUUCAGGGUGUUUGUGAUUAUUUGGUGAAACCUGUUUCCAUGGAGAAAAUAAAAGUCCUAUGGCAACAUGUUAUUCGCAAGAAAUAUACUGGGUUUAAAGAACUAAACCAACCAAGAAAUGUAACAGGUGGUGCCCUGGAGAUAAAUCAAUCUAAAAAUGCAGAUAAUGAACCCCGACGAAUUGAAGGAAAUAAUCAAACAUUGAAAAGAAGAUUAAAUGAUGAUCAAGAAGAUGAGGCCCUUGAUGAGGUGACCAGUGGAAAGAAGCCACGGGUAACUUGGACACAGGAGCUGCAUCAGAAGUUUGUCACAGCUGUUAAUCAACUGGGCCGUGAUAGGGCUGUUCCAAAGAAAAUUUUGGAACGCAUGAAAGAAAUGAAUGUUUUUGGUCUCACCAGAGAAAAUGUAGCCAGCCACCUUCAGAAAUAUCGUUUGCAUCUUCAAAGGCUAACUGAGUCUCCACAUGAGAUUGGACAAUCCCGAGUCUAUAUGGAUCCCGAAAAGUCAAUUUUUGGUCAUUCUUCUCAAGCAGCUACCUUUUCGGGUAAAGUUUCAGUGCCAAGCCUGGCCAUCCCAGAAGCCACCGGAUUUAACUCUAGAGGAGUUGGCAUGCCUUACGUUGAUCAAAGGAACAAUUUUGACUCCAGGAGUCCUGAAUCAAGUUUCUAUUCCGUAACUGAUUUGCCUAUUCAUGAUUAUCCUUUUAGGAGUACUGCUGUAGCAAUGGCUCCCUUUACAAAUUCAUUUUCCCCAGCCGAGGAAUAUGAAUAUACGUAUCUGGGAGACGCUGCUCAGCAUUCUAGAAACUCCUCAAUGGUUGAGUUCAAGGGUGAAAGUAUGUCCCAGUUUAUGCCUGAUCAGCCUCUACUUCCUAUUGAGUACUUUGAUGAUCAAGAAUCUACCUUGCGCGGACCAUUUUUGUAG